GCAAUGCAGUUAAUCCCGAUGUAGUGUUAAUCUGCUUCUUAAAACCUCAAAUAUAUAGCUAGAUAGUCUUAAAUUCACAUCUCAACGUGCCAUCAAUUACUGACGUAUCGCAACACAGAUUAUUUUACAUAUCUUAUGGAAACGGAGCUUUUCAGAAAUGUGCGCGAAUGUCUUCGGCGUGCUGAAAAGCCUAUUUGGGAAGCCUUUUGAUGGUGGGAAGCGGACAAUGGAUCAUGGCAGCCAGCAGCAGCAGCAAGCGCAGCAGAUGCCAGGGCCGUUCCACGUGUUCACAGGGCCGUACCCCGGGCAGCAUCCAACCUUGGUGCGCCUGGACGAGCUACAGCGGGAGGGGGCCAUGCUGGGCCAGCAGGUGUGCUCCUUCAGUGGCCUGCAGAGUGACCGCGAGUACAAGCGACUGGAGCGAGAACUGACCCGGCUCCUGCUCGAGCUUGAUCAGGUGGAGACAGAGGGAAGGAUGGAUCUGCAACAGGCACGGAAGCGUGCCGCCGGCGAAGUGGAGGGGUUAUUGCGGUACCUUGAGGGCAACGCCACACACCCCUCCCGCCUGGCCAUAGAGGAACUGAGCCGGGAGGCACAGAGCCUUCUGCUGGCGGGGGUGGUGGCACCCUUUCGACAGGGUCAGGCCCAGGAUGUGACUGAGAGCGGCGAGGAGCUGGUGGAGGCUGUACAGGAUGUGGCCAUGCGGCUGGCCCAGGUGAAGACAGAAGGCAGCGUACCCCUCAGGAAGGCCCGCUACCGGGCUCUCACCCGCGUUUGUGCUGUGCAGGAAGUGCUUGAGGGCCGAGUGCGCACCCACAUGCUGGCGUUGCCGCUGUCUGAUGACACCCAUGAGGCUGUGCAGCGCAUCAAUCAAGUGAUGGUGCAGGUGAGUGGUGCCCGCUGCCAGCUGGUGGCUCUGCUGAUGGGACUGAGUGGGCGUGACAGCUGUGCCCAUCUAGCACGGGUCCUCACUGAACUGUUGGUGGAGCUGGACUCCCUGGAUGUGUCCAGCAACACAGCUGUCAGGAACUACAGGAAACAGGUGGUGGAGGAGAUCAACAGCCUGCUCAAACACAUUGACCUGGAGGGGGAGGGAGAUGACACUCACAGGUAUGACUUGGCACAAAAUGACUCCAUCCGUGAGAUUGAAGCCAUCCGGGGACGCGUGUCUAUGCUGCGGGGGGAGGUCCUCCGACAGGGCGUUGCAGGGCAGGGUGCAGAGCUGCAGAGUCUACUAACGCAUCUGGAUGAAGUGGAUACCGGGCGUAACCCCUGCAUCAGGGAGGCCCGUCGGAGGGCUGUGCUUGAGAUCCAGGCCCUUAUCACCUACCUAGAUCUCCGGGAAACCCUCGGGCGCCGGAACCCAGGACGGGAUGAGCCCCCGCCUCAUACAGCUGUGUGGCGUGUCCUGGCCAGCUUGUCUGACUUACAGGCCCAAGUGCUCGGUUUUGAUGGCAAGAGAGCUGACAAGAGCUACAUGGUACUUGAGGAGUUGCUGACCAAACAACUACUAGCUCUGGAUGCUGUGGACCCUCAGGGGGACCAGGAGACUAAAGCAGCGCGUAAACAGGCAGUCAAAUAUGCCCAGAACAUCCUCAGCUACCUGGACAUGAAGACAGAUGAGUGGGAAUACUGAGAGCACAUGGAAAAUGAGAUCAGAAUUUUGGAAUGAUUCACAUUUUGUGCCUAGUUUAUGGUAUGAAAGGACAAAGGAGUGCAAGAAACUUGGAUUUGUAGUGUGUACAUAACAUACUUUACCCUGGACUGUAGAACACUACUAUAUGCACUGCAAUUACUGCUUUUGAUUUUAAAUUCACAGUUACAGGUGUUCAUGAAAACAGCAUUUUUUCCCAAUAGAUCUGUCUGCAAGUAAACAAACAUAUGGCAUUCAAAUGUUAUGCUUCUGAUUCCAAGUGCUUUUGUGCUUUUAGAAGUGUCUGCUUCUCCUAGUUUUUCUUCAGCUUGUAUGUGGUGUGGUGCUAAACCCUGUUUUGCUGCCAAAAACUUGCUUCCCAGUGGACCACUUGCCUGUGUGGAGAUUCUCAGACCAAGGAGAAGGUUCUGCUGCGGUCUUUACCCAGUAUAGAUGCAAUGCCAAAUUGUAGAUACACCUAAGUAGUGACUAACGUAACCCACAUUAUUAGUGUCAGUGAUUAACCAUGGGGGUUUGCACAAAUGAUUAGCAAAAUAAGUAAGUUGAAAAUUAUUUCACUUUUCAGAUAGUAGUAGUCUCAAGAGAUCUCUCACAAGUCAGGAUUCAGUUCCAAUUUGAACCAUGACCAACCAUUAUCACCCAAAUCUAAAAAUGGACCAAGUUCAAUGAAAAAGGAAGUACUGUCUCAUGCCUUAAUCCCUACAGUUCCCUUCAGUAUUUUUGUUUGUAUUUAUUGUUUAAGCUCAUGUUGGGGAAAAAAAGAUAAACAUUUGUUGCAGACAUGGGAAAAUGUGCUGUGAGUUUUUAGGAUUUUUUUUUUUCCUCACAGUGUGGAACAGGCAGUGUCUGAUGCUGAAGAAAAGUAUUCAAGUCCCAAGCUGUUAUUUAUGUAAAUACCAUAUAAUGCAGUUUGAUUUAACAGAAGGGUGAAAAUGUACCUGUUGUCAGAUAAGAUUUCAUUACUGCAGACAAGUAAGGGAAGAGAUGAAAAGACUGAAGGCUUUUCUUGUUGUCUUUGCUUUGCUUGUCUCUGUUAGGAUAAGAGUGUCUCACAGCCUCCUGGAAACAGUGGAGUGAGUUUUAUUUUUGGAUAUGACUGUGAUCAAAUUAAGACACGGGGGCAUUCUAGAACAUUCUGCAUAGGACUGAGAGAGGGUGUCGGACUCUUUAAAUAGCACCCUUUUUUUCUUGCUUACAUUGUCACAGUUGUAAUAGUUACAUUUAGGGCGUUUUCCCCUUCACUGUCAUAUGUUUCAAGCAUUUUGUGUUGGACAGGACUGAGUCAUGCUGCAGUUUGAUUAGAUUAUCAUAGUACCUCUGACAAAUCACAAUCACAUUAGCUCCCACUAAGACCCUGUCUUUCUUGCCCUCAUUUACUCCCCCAAUCCCACCCAAGCUAAAUAUGACUUCACUGCUGAAACACUGCAGGAGGAAGGAAGCAAUCAGACUCUUGUUUGUUGGUCAUAAGAACCAGAGCAGGAGUCUCAACUUUGCAUUCAGAAAUAUUCAUUCCAAGCACAAAGCCAGUAGUACUGGUGUAAUUGAUACACACUUUGGCCAAUGAUGUGUCAGAAAUUUACAUUUAAGGUGGAUCGGGAAGCACAACAUGCCUCAGUAUAUUCUUUAAUAUAUCUUAAUGCAAGUUGUACAUUUAGAUUACACUUCUGUCUGCGAAGGUUUUUGCUCUUAGGCUCUUUGUCUGUCCUUCACUGUGUUCUUCAGGGAGUGCUGAGGCUGCUAGUGCGAGCAAUAGACAUUCUAACUGACUAGAUCUAUAGUAGUGGCAACCCUCCAUUGAGUGCCAAUAUCUGCCAUGUUCCAAAUGCUAUUCAUGUUCUCCCGGACACUGCUGCUCUUGGGUAUCAAAGAAAAUAAGUCACAUGCAGUAGACCAAAAAUGACCAAAUAGAGAGGACCUGGAUAAUGCAGCAACAUUACAAAUGAACAGGGAAGAGUAGAAAAAGCAGUAUAGUGCAAGUAGGAGGGAAAGAAAAGGCCAUAAUUUUAAUAAUUUAGAUCUGCAGAGCUGUUACCAGUGGCUCAGUGGUAUUGUGACAGACUGGAGAUCUAAAUUAUGAAAAUAAUGUGUCACGAUAAGAUGUGGUCUAAUGAAGCUGAUGUGUGAGUCAUGUUCAAAGUCAUGUGUGUGAGUCAGGACCUGCACAAAGCCAAGGGCAGAACUAAGUCACCAUUAAGGUUUCAUUAAAAAUAUUCCAUAGUUGUGGGCUAGGCUUAUGUGUGGAAAGCGAUCUUCUUUCAAAUUUGACACUUUCAAAUACUUAGUAUAUACAGCAACACUCAUUGGACUUAAAUUGUACUGUACUUAAAUUUCCAAUGAAAUACAGUUUUGUGAAGAGGUUUUGUCUUGCUUUAAAGGUUUAUAUAUAAAGUUUCCAUAUACACGUAGAAUUUUCCAGUGCCAAAAAGUGUGAAGGAGGUUGGAGUCUAGCUUGUCUUGCAGUGCUAAUGAAAGGCUUGUUGUGACUAAACCCCCAACGUCAAAUAAAUUCAGUGUUUCAUGGGAUAUUGCAUAAUUACAGAGCUUAAGACCAUUUCUAGUUCUGAAAGGAAUUUUAACAUUGUAUUUCUCAAGAGAUCCAUGCACUGUCCAUUUGUAUGAGUCAUGCUGAUAUAGUCAUGUUAUCUCCAAUAGGUAUCUCCAUGGUUACAAUCAAUAUUGGAAUGUGCGGUGGGUUUGUUUUGAUUUUGCAUCCCAGUUCACUCUAGACAGCAAGACAGCUUAUAGUCUUUGUGAUAUGUGUUUGGAUCUGGCCAAGAGAGGUUACUUUGAAAGCUAUUUUGGAUGAACUUUCCUAUUCCAUUCCUAUACAGUAAGUGUUGAUCCCAUCAUGAAACAUGCAAUAUAAUAGUAGUGAAGAAUAAGUGCUCUGUGACUAUUAAGGGCAUGACUAUAUGGCUUUAAAGCCUGGUCUUAACUACUCAUUUUCACUUGAAUGACUGAUGAUUCAGUUCAAAAGUAGCAGUUCUUAAUAGGUGUGUAUGUGUGUGUGAUAUAUAUAAGUUUAUUCAGUAAAUCCAUGUGCAAUUCUGUAACAUUGCUUUGAAACUUAACAUUUUAAUACAUUACUAUGAUUUCAGGUGUCUUUAUCUUGAGGGCAUGUUGGGGGCAGGGGUGAUGUUGAGGGCAUGACAUUCAAAAACAUGAUGACUGGAGAACAGUCACUGACUUUCGGUAUAAUAGAGAAACAGCACUGCAUGCUCAAAUUAACUUUGAUUUGCUACUGUAUGGGAUGAAGGGUGUACCUGUGUUUGAUGUGGUGCUAAAAACUCAGAUGGCACAUUUCACUAAAAAACAGUUAUGUACUUGCUAUCUUAGUCCAGGCUAGUAGUUGCUUGUCAUGAUGCCUGAUUUUUGAGAGCAGCAUAAAGUACCCUACUAGACAGCAACAGAUUUUUUUUUAAAUUGUUUUUGUGUUGGAAAUGAGGAUGGGUAGAACCCAUGAGAGGACUGAUGCCAUCAAAUCCAUAGAAAUUCCAGCUGACUCAUGAAUUCAGUGACUGAAACAUUGAACUCUUGAGCAUGCUAUUAAACUCUAAAAAUACAACUAGCAUUAUUACAAAUUAUAAAACAUACAAUGUAAUAAAAGAGGAACAGUGUUGUGUUUUGUAACAGAAUGUUUAAUUUUAACCUUUUCUAUUGGUUCCAUGCCUUACCAUUUCCUCCUUAACACUAAACCAGAGCCUUCAGCAUAUAACAUUUAGGAACAAGCGUUACACUGAUUUAGAAUGUAAUGAAGAAUGUCCCAUUUUAUGGCACACCACAGUUGAGUGUAAUCUCCCCUUAGACAGUUCUGGAGGGCAACUUGGUCAUAUGCAUAGAUAAAAGUGUGAAGAGCUGCCGUUACUCUCAGUUUACUUCUUAGACUAACUGGUUGUGUUAGUUCAGUCUUUCUGUGAUGACACUUACAAAUUGGUUUUCUCAGUAUUGUGAUAGGAUUGAGAUAUUGUUGAUUGUUCAGGCUUACUUUGUGCUGUCUGAUGUACAUUUGUACAAAAACACCACUCAAGUUUUAAUUACUGUGUGAAUGUGCUGACUGAUUUGAUUGAUUGCAUUUUGUCUCUACACUGGUAAAUAAAAGGUGAUUUUAGAAUAGCAAUCCUGUGCACGGCAACAUAGUCAUUUGUGCCUGAACUCAUUUAGCUUGUUUCUAUGGCAACAUUCCCCUGUGCACAGGUGAAGUGUUUUUUAUUUUUUAAAAAAGCCAGCUGUUUUAGAUACAAUAAAAGCAAAGCCUAGAAAAGC